AUGGGGACAAGAGCUAGUCGUUUACAAGAGGACCCAGUGUCUUCGGCUUUCGUCAAAGAUGGCAUAAAGCGGGAUUCCUAUCAACGACCCCGCUGCAGUAGGCCCACCAGUCUUAUGAUAGACUUUUUGGGGAGUUUUGACGAUUCGGAGACCAACCGUAGCCGAUCGGAAGAGGGCAGCGAUUCGGACAUAGGGCAACAGGCGAGCGCCGAUGGAAGCCCCGCCGACCACAACAGCCACCCAUCCAUCAGCCAGGCAUCACCAGCGGAAGACAACAGCGAAUGCAAGCGCGAGGAAGACAGUAAUAGCAGUCCCGAGGGUGCUGUCAACGGGGAACAUCUGCCUGGAGAGGAGACAGGCCGCGUGCCUCACCGCACUUUCUCUGAACGUUUACCCGGUAAUCGACACUCUUCCGGGCGCAACGUCAGCGCAAGAGUUGCACGGAUGAGAGGCAUCAAUCAGCGCCCGGUAUCGGAGGCUUGGAUUGGCCUCUACCGUGUCAACAACCGACAUGGCAGUAAGUUUAUGAGUGACCACCCUUUUUGUGUUUUUUUUAUGUAUUGUUUUAUUAAGUUGCAGUUCCUAUUCACUUUUGGCAGAUUUGACUCCCAUACACUGCAUCACAGAGACAGACAGUCAGGUCGAACAAAAACACUAAAAUGUCCCCUAGGUAGUAACGUUAUUUGACUGGGGCGCAAAAAUAAUUAAUACGCUAAUAUGUGAGACGUGACACAUUGGCCAGGCUUACUACUGAACCGGAAUUCUUGGAGGGAUGAUCUUCUCGUGCAUACAAGCUACUUGACUUGCAGCUGAACCCAUUGUAUUAAGUUGUGACAAUCAGGCUGCUGCGUCGUUCCACCUCAAAAAGCACAAGAGGAUUUCGGCACCCACCAUCUCAGAUUGUGCUGAAAUGUUUUCUGUAGUUAGAAAGAGACAGAGGAUGGGAUGCUUGGGAGGUCCCUACCCCAUUGAAGUUGACAUUUUAAAUGGUUACGUUAAGGGUUAAGGUUUGGUUAGGGUUUAUGGUCGGGACAUACCAAGGAUUCGGGAUAGCACGGGCCCAAUUUAAUCUCAGUUUACAUAGUACAAGGAAAAAGUCGGUAAAUGUUCGCUAAAAGUUUUUAUUAGAAGUAUGAAUUUCAGCACCCUGCAGAAGGACCACAGUUGUACAGAACAAACAGGUACAGUGAAGCAUUUUCAGAAUAGCCAAUUUUACAAAAAUCGACUGAUGGUGACUCAAUGUUUGACAAGGCAAAAACAGGUUUAGACAUUUUUGAAAAUCUAUAAAAUAAUAUCACAUUUACAUAAGUAUUCAAACCCUUUACUCAGUACUUUGUUGAAGCACCUUUGGCAGUGAUUACAGCCUCGAGUCUUCUUGGGUAUGACGCUACAAGCUUGGCACACCUGUAUUUGGGGAGUUUAUCCUAUUCUUCUCUGCAGAUCCUCUCAAGCUCUGUCAGGUUGGAUGGGGAGCGUCGCUGCACAGCUAUUUUCAGGUCUCUCCAGAGAUGUUCGAUAAGUUCAAGUCCGCAGUUCUGGCCGGGUUACUCAAGGACAUUCAGAGACUUGUCCCAAAGCCCCUCCUGCGUUGACUUGGCUGUGUGCUUAGGGUCGUUUUCCUGUUGGAAGGUGAACCAUCGCCCCAGUCUGAGGUCCUGAGCGCUCUGGAGAAGGUUUUCAUCAAGGAUCUCUCUGUACUUUGCUCCGUUCAUCUUUCCCUCGAUCCUGACUUGUCUCCCAGUCCCUGAAAAACAUCCCCACAGUAUGAUGCUGCCACCACCAUGCUUCACCGUAGGGAUGGCGCCAGGUUUCCUCCAGAUGUGACGCUUGGCAUUCAGGCCAAAGAGUUCACUCUUGUUUCAUCAGACCAGAGAAUCUUGUUUCUCAUGGUCUGAGAGUCCUUUAGGUGCCUUUUGGCAAACUCCAAGCGGGCUGUCAUGUGCCUUUUACUGAGGAGUGGCUUCCAUCUGGCCACUCUACCAUAAAAUGGUGGAGUGCUGCAGAGAUGGUUGUCCUUCUGGAAGAUUCUCCCAUCUCCACAGAUGAACUCUGGAGCUCUGUCAGAGUGACCAUCAGGUUCAUGGUCACCUCCCUGACCAAGGCCCUUCUCCCCCGAUUGCUCAGUUUGGCCGGGCGACAAGCUCUAGAAAUAGUCUUGGUGAUUCCAAACUUCUUCCAUUUAAGAAUGAUUGAGGCCAUUGUGUUCUUGUGGACCUUCAAUGCUGCAGACAUUUUUUGGUGCCCAUCCUUACAUCUGUGCCUCGACACAAUCCUGUCUCGGAGCUCUACAGACAAUUCCUUCGACCUCAUGGCUUGGUUUUUGCUCUGACAUACACUGUCAACUGUGGGACCUUAUAUAGACAGGUGUGUGCCUUUCCAAAUCAUGUCCAAUCAAUUGAAUUUACCACAGGUGAACUCCAAUCAAGUUGUAGAAACAUCUCAAGGAUGAUCAAUGGAAACAGGAUGCACCUGAGCUCAAUUUCGAGUCUCAUUUCAAAGGGGCUGAAUACUUAUGUAAAUAAGGUAUAUAGAUAUAUAUAUGUUUAUUUUUUAUUUGCAAAAAUCUCAAAUCUGUUUUCACUUUGUCAUUAUGGGGUAUUGUGUGUAGAUUGAUUAAGGAAAAAAUGUAUUCAAUCCAUUUUAGAAUAAGGCAGUAAUGUCACAAAAUGUGGAAAAAGGGAAGGGGUCUGAAUACUUUCCGAAUACACUAUAUUAUGUGGAGGUUGCAGGAUACGGUGGAAAGCAUGGUCUGUCUGCACCGUACGCUAUCACUUUGGAGGGCCGCCUGCCUGCAGAAUACUUGUUGCCAUCUGGGUAGCCCUUUUCUUCCUCACAAAUACUGUGAUUAAUUUGCCAGAAUAUGUUACAUCUUCAUCCCGUAAUAUUGAAGGCAGUGCAAUGUUACAGCUAUCUUUAGAAAUAUAGAAAAUGAUAAAUGAAAUCGCCAGGCAGCCUAUUAUUGUUUUGGAAAAGAUGCCUUUGUAGUAGAUUUCUAAACUGUAUUUUAUAUGGAUAAUGUAAACGUAGGCCAGCUCUGUUUUGUCAGGCAAAUCUGGAGAAAAUGAAGCAAGUGCUUUCUGGUCACUAAUCUUUGGAUAUAAGCGCCCGCCUUUGCGUGCAAAUCUUGAUGACUGGUCAUUGGUCAACAAUCAAGACGUGCAUUUUUUUUGUUCUGAAGCAAAGAUGAGAUUUUUUUUACAAUAACAGUACUGUAAGCCUAUAUUAGAACAAGAUAAAAUAGGCAAAGCAGGGUUUCUUGCCGGUUUUUGUCCCCCCCCCCCAAAAAAAAAAUAAUAAUAUGAAAAGCCGAUAAAUAAAACCGUUGCCGGCCAAAAUGAACGGAAGGGGGAAAAAAUCCCAUUGCAAAAUAAUUGAUGGAAUCCCAAUCGAUAUCAUGUGAGCUGGAGGCAGUAUGCAUUUUGAAAAUGCACUUAAUUGUUUGAAACCUGCGUGUUUUACUUCAUAUUAUGAGGCAUGUCUUACCUUGCUUCAAAGUAGCCUAUAGGCAAAAUCCGACCAUGCAAACAUGGAGACAAUUAUUUUAUAAAUAGUUAAUAGGCAGCGCGUGAGUUUCAAGUUUGGGAAAACACACAAUUUAUCCUACCAUUUCUACCGAUCUGGGUGCCAGUUAUGAUUUUCGUAUGCACAUUUACGUGGAACAUUUCAAUAAUAACCUUUUCCUUUCUUAAAAUCAGUGUCACAUGGUUAAUCAUACAAAUUUGAAUUAAAAUGAUAAUCUAAAAGUUUAAAUAAAACUAAUGCAAGAGCACUAACCUCUGCCAUAUGGACACAUUGAUACACCGUGAUCCAUUGGCUAGAAAUGAGUGCAGGGAACUCAUAGCCUAUAGGCCAAUGCAGCAGUAGGCCUAUAACUUCAAUUGUCAACUAAGUCAAAAUACAUAAAGCAGACAAAUAAAAACAGUAGAAAAUAUAAUAAUUUCAGUUUCUUUCAAUCGCAUUCAUCUCUCUAUUCAGCCUGUCUGCCUCCCUUGCGAUCUGUCUUGACUUGAACUAUCGCUAUAGUGAAAUGCAACAUUUGUAUCAAAUCAAUCAACUGUGUCCGGCCCGAAGCUUUCGCUAGCGAACUUGCAACAUCUUAUCAACUAGCCUAUUCCUUAGAGUUUCCUGCGCCAGUGAGCUCGGGACAGACAGCUGUUUUGCCCAAGGGAAAAGUGUUUCCACUGAAUAUACAGUGCAUUUGGAAAGUAUUCAGACCCAUUCCCUUUUUCCACAUUUUGUUACAUUACAGCCUUAUUCUAAAAUAGAUAAAAUAAAAUACAUUCCUCAUCAAUAUACACACAAUACCCCAUAAUAACAAAGCAAAAACAGGUUUUUAGAAAUUCUUGCAAAUUCAUUAAAAAACAAAUACCUUAUUUACAUAAGUAUUCAGACCCUUUGCUAUGAGACUCGAAAUUGAGCUCAGGUGCAUCCUGUUUCCAUUGAUCAUCCUUGAGAUGUUUCUUCAACUUGAUUGGAGUCCACCUGUGGUAAAUUCAAUUGAUUGGACAUGAUUUGGAAAGGCACACACCUGUCUAUAGAAGGUCCCACAGUUGACAGUGCAUGUCAGAACAAAAACCAAGCCAUGAGGUCGAAGGAACUGUCCGUAGAGCUCCGAGACAGGAUUGUGUCGAGGCACAGAUCUGGAGAAGGGUACCAAAACAUUUCGGCAGCGUUUAAGGUCCCCAAAAACACAGUGGCAUCCAUCAUUCUUAAAUGGAAGACGUUUGGAACCAUCAAGACUCUUCCUAGAGCUGGCCGCCCGGCCAAACUGAGCAAUAGGGGAGAAGGGCCUUGGUCAGGGAGGUGAUCAAGAAGCCGAUGGUCACUCUGACAAAGCUCCAGAGUUCCUCCAGAGUUCCUCUGUGGAGAUGGGAGAACCUUCCAGAAGGACAGCCAUCUCUGCAGCACUCCACCAAUCAGGCCUUUAUGGUAGAGUGGCCAGACGGAAGCCACUCCUCAGUGGCCAGACGGAAGCCACUCCAAGCCCGCUUGGAGUUUGCCAAAAGGCACUAAAGGACUCUCAGACCAUGAUAAACAAGAUUCUCUGGUCUGAUGAAACCAAGAUUGAACUCUUUGGCCUGAAUGUUAAGCGUCAUGGCUGGAGGAAACCUGGCACCACCCCUACGGUGAAGCAUGGUGGUGGCAGCAUCAUGCUGUGGGAAUGUUUUUCAGCGGCAGGGACUGGUAGACUAGUCAGGAUCGAGGGAAAGAUGAACGGAGCAAAGUACAGAGAGAUCCUUGAUGAAAACCUUCUCCAGAGCGCUCAGGACCUCAGACUGGGGCGAUGGUUCACCUUCCAACAGGAAACGACCCUAAGCACACAGCCAAGACAACGCAGGAGGGGCUUUGGGACAAGUCUCUGAAUGUCCUUGAGUAACCCGGCCAGAACUGCGGACUUGAACUUAUCGAACAUCUCUGGAGAGACCUGAAAAUAGCUGUGCAGCGACGCUCCCCAUCCAACCUGACAGCUUGAGAGGAUCUGCAGAGAAGAACGAGAGAAACUCCCCAAAUACAGGUGUGCCAAGCUUGUAGCGUCCUACCCAAGAAAACUCAAGGCUCUAAUCACACUUAAGCAAAUGUGAUAUUUCUGUUUUAAAUUUAAUACAUUUGCAAAAAUGUCUAAAAACCUAUUUUUGCUUUGGUGUUAUGGGGUAUUGUGUGUAGAUUGAUGAGGGGGAAAAAAACAAUUUAAUCAAUUUUAGAAUAAGGCUGUAACGUAAGGCUCCCUCAACAUUAACAGGACACUCCAAACAAAAGACAAUGAAAAUUGGCAACUUCUCAAUUAUUAUUAUGAAAUAAACCAAAACGUGUUUCAGGUUGUGUAGCAGGUUGUGAACUCUGCAAACAACGUUUCCACUCCGAGAAUGAGAUCGGUAAAUGACUGUAACAGAAAUUAGUGUAACCAAAUUAUGGGGAUUAACUGUACAUUUACUACUGGUGACAUGUAAUGGGGAAUUGAUCAAAAUAAACAAUCAAAGGGCAAACAGUUCACACAAUAAAACAAUGAAUGCUCAAGAAUUGACGGGAGACAGCUGAGCCAUUCUGGAAAGAGACUCACCUUUUUCUUCGACACACCCCUCCGUUCUUCUUGUGUCUUGAGUCAACAUUUUAAAAUUAUACAUCUUCACACAUAUUUUAGAUGCUUUUCACUGACAGCCGAAACACAAUAAUCAUCUAGGCCUAUUGCCAUGCGCGCUGCCCAAAUUGCGAGCUUCCCAAAUAGGCAUACAGUGAGGGGAAAAAAGUAUUUGAUCCCCUGCUGAUUUUAUGUUUGCCCACUGUCAAAGAAAUGAUCAGUCUAUAAUUUUAAUGGUAGGUUUAUUUGAACAGUGAGAGACAGAAUAACAACAACAAAAAUCCAGAAAAAUGUAGAAAAAUGUUAUAAAUUGAUUAGCAUUUUAAUGAGGGAAAUAAGUAUUUGACCCCCUCUCAAUCAGAAAGAUUUCUGGCUCCCAGGUGUCUUUUAGACAGGUAACGAGCUGAGAUUAGGAGCACACUCUUAAAGGGAGUUUGUUACCUGUAUAAAAGACACCUGUCCACAGAAGCAAUCAAUCAAUCAGAUUCCAAACUCUCCACCAUGGCCAAGACCAAAGAGCUCUCCAAGGUUGUCAAGGACAAGAUUGUAGACCUACACAAGGCUGGAAUGGGCUACAAGACCAUCGCCAAGCAGCUUGGUGAGAAGGUGACAACAGUCAAUCUCCCUCGGCCACGUGGAGUUGCAAUGAUCAUGAGAACGGUGAGGAAUCAGCCCAGAACUACACGGGAGGAUCUUGUCAAUGAUCUCAAGGCAGCUGGGACCAUAGUCACCAAGAAAACAAUUGGUAAUGCACUACGCCGUGAAGGACUGAAAUCCUGCAGCGCCCGCAAGGUCCCCCUGCUCAAGAAAGCACAUAUACAGGGCCGUCUGAAGUUGGCCAAUGAACAUCUGAAUGAUUCAGAGGAGAAUUGGGUGAAAGUGUUGUGGUCAGAUGAGACCAAAAUGGAGCUCUUUGGCAGCAACUCAAUUCGCCGUGUUUGGAGGAGGAGGAAUGCUGCCUAUGACCCCAAGAACACCAUCCCCACUGUCAAACAUGGAGGUGGAAACAUUAUGCUUUGGGGGUGUUUUUCUGCUAAGGGGACAGGACAACUUCACCGCAUCAAGGGGACGAUGGACGGGGCCAUGUACCGUCAAAUCUUGGGUGAGAACCUCCUUCCCUCAGCCAGGGCAUUGAAAAUGGGUCGUGGAUGGGUAUUCCAGCAUGACAAUGACCCAAAACACACGGCCAAGGCAACAAAGGAGUGGUUCACGAAGACGGACAUUAAGGUCCUGGAGUGGCCUAGCCAGUCUCCAGACCUUAAUCCAAUAUAAAAUCUGUGGAGGGACCUGAAGGUUUGAGUUGACAAACAUCAGCCUCGAAACCUUGAUGACUUGGAGAAGAUCUGCAAAGAGGAGUGGGACAAAAUCCCUCCUGAGAUGUGUGCAAACCUGGUGGCCAACUACAAGAAACAUCUGACCUCUGUGAUUGCCAACAAGGGUUUUGCCACCAAGUACGAAGUCAUGUUUUGCAGAGGGGUCAAUUCUUAUUUCCCUCAUUUAAAAUGCAAAUCAAUUUAUAACGUUUUUGACAUGCGUUUUUCUGGAUUUUCUUGUUGUUAUUCUGUCUCUCACUGUUCAAAUAAACCUACCAUUAAAAUUAUAGACUGAUAAUUUCUUUGUCAGUGGGCAAACUUACAAAAUCAGCAGGGGAUCAAAUACUUUUUUCCCUCACUGUAGGCCUACGAGCUUGUGAUCUGAAACAAUCCACAGCUAUUUUUUAAAAGAAGCUUUCUUUGAAUGGCCAGGUCCUGACUGACAAGGAAGAAUCUCUGUGUAGGCCUCCAUUAUUUAUCAGACAGAUGGACAGAAGUGGUUGUAUGUCAGUGAGACCCCUACCCAAACCAAGCCCCCAAGCAAGUCUAGGAAAUGGGUCAAAGUCCUCACGCUGGCACAGCUGACAGCAGGGCCAGAGAGGGAGGGGAAAUGUAGGCCAACUGGGCACGCUCUCCCCCAUGUCGUCCCAUCCCUGAGGCUGGACUCCUCUUGUUAUGCGUGUUGGCUUGUCUGGUCUGGUGGAAUGAUGAUGACUGGAAAACUAAGCACGAGUUAGUUGACCUGACUUCAUCAUUGUCAGGAUGAUACUCAGAUCACACAAAUACAAAUGUCAACAUCUACUAAAGACACAUGGCAUGCAUGAUGGACAAGUUGAUUAGAUCUUCUCCCCGCUUUUGUUUUUCUUAUGUUUCGUUGUUUUUGUCAUGUCAUCCCCAGAUAUCCGCUGUCCGUUCUGCUCCAAGCCUUUCCCAGGGGGCAAGAUUGAGGAUCACCUGUUGAGCUGCCUCACAUCUCCACCUCUCCCUUACAACAGUGAGUAUGAGUGCACCAAAAACUCAGAGCAGAGAGAGGGUUGACAUUGUAUGGUAAACAGUGGUGUUAUAAUGGUGGCAGGUAGCCUAGCGGUUAGAGCGUUGCUAGUUCAAAUCCCCAAGCCGACAAGGUGAAAAAUAUGUCUGUGCCCUUGCACAAGGCACUUAAUCCUAAUUGCUCCAGGGUUGCCUUUGAAUGGCAGACCCUGGCUGUGACCCCACUCUCCGAGGGAUAUGCAAAAAACGCAUUUCCAAUUCGCACAUAUUAAUACACACUUGUACAUGUUUGAAAUAGGACAAAUAUAAGCACCCACCACAUUAUUAUUACAGUGUUUUACACAAACAGUAGCCUAUAUGAAAGUUCAGGCAUAAUGUGUGUUGAAAGUAUGUAUGUUAAAAGUCCCUUCCCUGGGUUUGUGACGACACUUUAACGUCUAACUGUCAUGCUGUGGUGUGUGUGGUGUUCUCAGCGGAUGUGCUCAGUAAGGACAGCGGUGAGUGUUCCAUCUGUCUGGAGGAGCUGCAGCAGGGAGAGACCAUUGCCCGGCUGGCCUGCCUAUGUGUCUACCACAAGAGGUAA